AUGGAGCAGGCUACAAAUAAAAUUGCAAUUCUCAUAUCUGGUAUACCAUAUACCGCGUCAAAACGGGUGAUAUCAUUGGACAUUAGGUUCACAAUGUGGCCGACCGUCGUUUUGGCCAGGGAUGCCUGGCUCAAGGUGGAGGCGCGUAAUCUCAUACCCAUUCGCAUGACUAGCAUGAGAGCCACGUGGUAUAGCAAUAUGAACAAGGCCGUACUAAAACAUAAGGCUCCGGCGGCUACGCACGCGCUUACCCCCAAUCUCCUGGACUAUACGUUGCGACUCGUCGUGUCGGGAGCACCGGAACAGGUCGUCCACAUCGAGACGAUUCUUACGCCAACCCGUCAUAAACACCGGGAAUACCCAUCUUUUUCAAAUGAGGAGUUGGAGAACUUUAACGUGAAAUACAUAGUGGAGGCGCCGGUAGACGCGGACAAGAAGUCCAUUCAGAGCUGCGAUAACGAGAGACUGAAAGCCGCGCGUAAGAGGAGUAAGAAAUUGAGGCAACGAUUGGCCGCAAAAGCGGUUCAAUUCGAGCAAAAUGUCGGCCAAAAGGGUUCACAACCGGCGCUGUCGUCCAAAAGCAUUCAAUCCGUGAAUAAGAAUAAGAUUUCGAAGAUUUUUAAGGACUUGUCGACACUGAGCGCCGACACCCAAAUCACGGGCCACUGGCCCUCGAAUAUGACCCACAGUUUGGAGCGGAAUCUGAAUGAAUUGGAAAAACUUUUUCGCGGGAAAGGCGUCACGGAUUCGCUGUAUUUCCACUCAUUAAACGGCACCCAAUUGUUGACCAAAAUGUUGUCCCGUAUUACGAACGGCACGAAAGAGAGGCCGACGUCCCUAACGGACCGCUCGAACGCCAAGUUGGCCGCCGUUUACGAACUGGUAUGCAGUCAGCACUGGGAUGUCAGCGACUAUGUCCUGCAGUCCAACCUCAUGAUGGAGUUGUUGGACAUACUGUGCCAUCGGAUUAACCUGUUGGACGCGACACUAAUCAGUACUACCGGUCCCACGACCUGCGAUACAGUGGUCGGCGCCUUAUGUCAGCUCUUGUCGACGAUUUUCGACACACUUUACGCCCAUUACUCGAGACUCGUGGACACGACUGACGACUGUCUGGCGUUUAAUCACUUGAUUCAAGACGUGAUCAGCUAUAUCGUGAGCGUCGGUAUGAUUGACAAGUUGUCGCUAAUGAUGGUCAACACGAGGAACAGUAUUCGGGAUCCGAUAGACGACUGUCCGGAGAUGACUCAGUGCUGGCGAAGCAUUAUAUCGCUGUUCAGUUCGGUCUCCAAACUAAUGGCACUGAAAGUGGAGAACAGAUUCGGCUCUAAAUACCGACUUCUGCUCUGUGUUGACUACGACUGGAAGACACCACAGCACAGAGACUAUAUACCACACGAGAACGUAAGCCCUCGUGGCCAUGCAAGGCUACCACUGCGGGGUGGCGUGGCGGCCGACCAUACGCUGGAGUUGACGUUAGAAGUGAUACGACUUUUGAAUUAUGUGUCGCUUCUGGAUCUCAAUUUCGUUCAGAGUAUUUUGGGCGGUGAGGGUCUGUCGGAUGUCGAGGCCACAUUACUCCAGUCGGGACAGAGGCCUACAGUCGUGCAGCAGUUGUGUUGCCUUCCCUUCGAGUACUUCAGCGAUAAGCGGUUGAGUGGAGUACUGUUCCCCACACUAAUCGCCUGUUGCUUUCAAAACACGCCGAACCGUACGAUUCUGGAGCAGGAGAUGUCGACUCUCAUGCUCUCCACGUUCAUCGAGUCAACUAUAGUGGGCCUACAGUUGCGGGCAGUGGACAGUCAUGUCAGUAGUGGUCAGCAAAAGCCCGACGAAGCCCUGGCUGAACAGCGCCUGACGUUUGCGAAACGGUUUCCCAAAAAUCGCUGGAAUGAAGCGAAGGAUUAUUUCGAGACUCAGACUCCGGUGGCUGUGGUGUAGGCGCUGUGAACGACCGCUACGAACCUUCCGGUGCCUCAUAUAUCAAGUCAUUUGUAUGAAGAGAUUUGAAAACUAUUUAUAAUUUAUUACUAUUUUUAUAACACAUUAAUUAAUUCAUGAGAUAAUUAUUAUUAUUAUUGAGAAAUACUUAACACUUGAACGC